AUGUUGAUUACCGAGACCUUCCAUGAUGUGCAGACGUCGUACGGCACCACUUUGCGUGUCUACGUGUACUCUCCUAAAAUUGCGGGCUAUCCGCAGGCGAAGUUCCCCGGUGUGGUCUUGUACAGUGAGAUCUACCAAGUGACGGGCCCUGUUCGUCGUUUUGGCCAAAGAAUCGCCUCUGAAGGCUACGUGGUUGUGGCGCCUGCCAUCUACCACAACUUCAUGGGUCCUGAGGCGUUGCCCUACGACGUGCAAGGCACCGAUAUCGGCAACGAGUACAAGAUCAAGAAGCCGCUGGAGUCGUACGAUGAGGACAACAAGCUGUGUUGCGACCUGCUUUUCCAACUACCGCAGUUCGACGGCAAAAGAAUUGGGUCCACAGGGAUGUGUCUGGGGGGCCACCUGGCCUUCAGGGCGUUGUUGGACAAGAGGGUCACGUGCGCAACGUGCUUCUUCCCCACUGAUAUUCACUCGAGAACCUUGGGGCUGGGCGAGAACGACGACUCACUGGAACGUGUUUCGAAGGAGCUGGGCAACGACCAGGAAAUGGUUCUGAUCUUCGGUACUUCGGACACCCACGUGGACCCGGAGGGCCGUGACCUGAUCAGGAAGACGCUCAGAGACCACGGCGUGAAGUUCACGUUCUUGGAGGUCUUGGCCGCCCAGCAUGCGUUCAUCCGUGAUGAGUUCAGCAAGGGCAGAUUCGACUCGGCCAUCACCCAGAGCUGUCUCGGAUUCCUGUUCGAGCAAUUCAACAGGAAACUGAGACUUGACCUGGGCGAGUUCGAGGACGAUAACAGCCCACUCGAACACGUUUGUUGA